ACUCGAUCCUUCUGUACAAAAACAAUUAGCUGAUAUAUUUUUAUUAGACAGUAAUGAUUCUGUGAAUAACAGUACGUUAGCCAGUGAUGACAAAAUUACAACGACAUCAACAAAUGAUAUAAAUGACAUGAUACUCAAACAUAUGUCGCAUAUUUUACAUGUAUUAGAACCAAUAAUAUUAAACAAGAUUGAACAUCGUUUAAGUAAAACGGAAUUAGUAAUAAAUGAAUUAGACGUACGUUUAAAUGAUAUAGAACGAUAUAAUCGCUCGUUCAAUCUUAGAUUUUUAAAUGUGCCAGUUGAACGAGAUGAGGAUCCAAUUCAAACUGUUGCAAAUAUAGGUUAUAAACUUGGUCUAAGCAUAGAUUAUUGUGACAUAGAAAAUGCACAUAGAAUACCUAUUAGAUUAUUAGCUCCAGAUAAUAUUGGAUCAUCGUUAGCUAAGACAGCGCAUCCUGUAUUAAUAGCUAGAUU